GUAACUAAUGAUUUUUUUGGAAAUUAAAUAAGAUCAAAUUAUAAGCAAUGAACAUUUCAGAUGUCGAUUUAACACAGUUCCAAUGGAAACUGCUUGCCUGUUAUCUUUAGUUCGUGGGGAAAGCACUGUAGAAGUUUAGAAAUGGCUAGAGACAUCCCCAGAUUCCCAAGCAGAAUGAAAACUUCCUUUCCGGUGAGCUCCAACAGCCCAAAUGGCUUGAGAAUGGUAGUCAAUCAACUGCGAGCUAAAAACAGCCUUAACUUACUGCUCAAAAGAAUAUUUUCAGGGAAAACACAAAAUGUUCUCCCACAUCACACCCUGCCUGCAUUUAUCAAAAAAGAAAACACCUGAUUCUGGCCGUGUGCUGUUGGAACCAGAAACUUUUUAGCAUAUUAUAGUCGAGUGCCAGUGACUUCUUUGUUCUUUCAGAGGCAUUCUAAAAAGCGGCGUGUUUCACGAAUCUCAGAGACAACAACUUUCACAACUAUCAACUGUCACCUCCCAAACUGCCACAGAACCUUUUAAGUCCAACAUUCUGUCAUUUGUGGGAAAUACUCAUCUUCUAAAACACACUCUACUUAUUCUUUGAAUAGUAGUUGCAAAGCUAGUCAUCUCUCAGGAAGCACUUUCUAUUUCCAAAACUUUGGUUUCAUCAGUACCUGGAGCAAAGCUUCUGGCAGAAACACAAAUCCUCAUCAGGGAAGAGGCACAGGAUCAAUUCACGGUUAUAAACUGGACUCCUGCUCUCACGGGUAGCAGCCAUCAACUUUGCCCAAUUCUCAUAAUUCUGAAGGGUCACCAAGGAGUUGCUACCAGCCACUGUACUUAAAGUGGUGUCACAGGAUUACAAAAUAGAAGAAAGUCUUUCUUCUCUAAUAUGUUAGUGCUCUAGUAAGCAUCAAAGAUGAAAGACACGCAAUGUGAGCCUGCUUUGGCCAACACAAAGUACUAACAGAAUUUUCAGGCCUACUUCCAGCCCUGGAGACAAAUUUCCCAUCAUUCUUCAUUACAGGAGUAAUCAUCCUUAUAGGGCAGUAGUAGCUUUUUUUUUUUUUUUUAGAUGGAGUCUCGCUCUAUCACCCAAGCUGGAGUGCAGUGGCACAAUCUUGGCUCACUGCAAUCUCCACCGCUUGGGUUCAAGCGAUUCUCCUGCCUCAGUCUCCUGAGUAGCUGGGAUUACAGGCAUGUGCCACCACGCCCAGCUAGGUUUUGUAUUUUUUUUAGUAGAGACAGUGUUUCAUCAUGUUGGUCAGGCUGGUCUUGAACCCCUGACCUCAUGAUCUGCCCACCUCUGCCUCCCAAAGUGCUAGGAUUACAGGUGUGAGCCACCACGCCUGGCUGUAACAGCUUUUUUUUUUUUUUUUUAAGACCAGAAUGAAAUUCACAACAGUAAAGAAUAGAACUGAAGAGAAUAAGGAAAAGAAAAAAGGGGCUGAGGGAGAAGGAAAAGAAAAGAGAGUUUAUAAAGGUAGAGAAGGGGUUUCCACUUCUGCUUCCUCCUCAUUUUAUCUUGCUGCCACCAUGUAAGAAGUGCCUUUUACCUCCCACCAUGAUUCUGAGGCCUCUCCAGCCAUGUGGAACUUGUAAGAAGUGCCUUUCACCUCCUGCCAUGAUUCUGAGGCCUCCCCAGCCAUGUGGAACUGGUUCCCAGUGCCGAUUCCGACACUGUGAAGAGGCCCUUGGCAGUGACACUGUGUGCUCAUUAUGGAGAGAGAGGAAAUGUUUAGAUCCACUUUGCAGAUUUAGACACAUGGAAAUGCAGCAAAACUGCAGCAUUUCAUGCUUCUGGGAAACUCAGCCUCUUGGUUGUGUGAAGAUCAGCUGUAUCUUUUAUCACAGCAAACCUCGAAAUAUCAAUGGAUUAUUUUUGCCACCAAGUAGCAAUAUCACACUACAGAAAGAAAUUCAGGAAGGAAUUCCACUCCAGUCCCAGAGUCAGGAACCUCUGAAACCUCAGGAAAAUAUAUCACGACCCAUCCACCAUCCUUUAGUUUUAAAAACUAAUUUUGAGGAAGAAGAGGAAGUAGAUGAACAAAAUGAUGCUUCUAGUUUAUGGACAAAGACUCCUGAAGAAAUUGAAGAAAAAAGAGCAAUAAAGGAGAUGUGUUAUAAAUCUGGGGAAUACUACAGAUUUCAUACUCCUCCAGAUAUUUUGUUAUCAAAAAGCAUGACCCCUACAGCAGAAAAAGAGUUAGAAAAGCCUUUGGAAAAUGGCAGUGAAUUGCAAGAAGGAGAUAGUCUUACAGUUCCGACAAAACUUAGCCAAUAUGAAAGGCAAGGUGAAAUAAAAACAUCAUUGCAUGGGAAACCAAAGACUGACAUUGCUGCUUUUGAAAAUGGAGGAGGUGACUGUUAUGUUCCACAGAGGGUCAUAUUUCUUGGAGUCGAUGAAAGUGAAGCUUUAACUGAAGAGAAAGAAAUCACCAUAUCAAAAUGUUCAAAUACUAAAGAUAACAAGGACAGUUCUCAUCCAAAGCAUUCCCUAACUACUCGACUAGUACCUACAACGCAUGUAUUAAAUGCUACUGAGAAUAUCAGUAUGAAGUGCAGAGAGGACCCCUCUUCAAUGAAUGAUGUCCAGCCAGUGAAGAAGCCUCAUUUUAAAGGUGUGAAAAAAAGAAAAUGGAUUUAUGAUGAACCAAAGAACUUUCCUAACUCUGGAAUGCAGAGAGCAGUACAGGCCCCAAGACCCCAAAAUAAAGUGAGUUAUCACCGCAAUAAUAAAAAUCGAAAUGCGGAGAAUGCAUCCUAUAGCCACGUUCAAAGAGAUGCUGUCAGGACUGUCGCGUUGAAUGCACCUUCCCGCAGCAGGCCCACGCAUGGGUCCUACAAUAAAGUCCGUGCUAACAGGGAACCCAAACCCAACCUCAGUCCAGACAAAUAUACGUCAACAUCAUAUAAUGAUUCAGCCUGGCGAAAACGAAUUCCUUUUUCAAAAACAUAUGCAAAAAGUGAAAAGAUAUAUCCAGAGCCAAGAAGAAAUGGGAGCAAGUAAACCUGGAGGUUGAGAGAGAGAAAAAUGAGAAAAAAGUGCCAGACAUCAUCUGAUUUACAAUCAAAAAUGAAAAUUCAAAGAAUGAGAUACUCAAGUACUCCAUGCUAUGUAGUAGAUAGCCAAAGAUGAUAAAAAUGCAAAUUCUGAAAAUAAGAUGCAGGAAGUACAUUGUGCUCUUUCAAAACUGAUAAAAAUUCAAAUUACCAA